AUGUCGCACCUGUCUCGUCCCCAAUUAUAAUUACAAGAGAUAGUGCAAUAGAAUAAUUUAAAAUCGUAUAAUGAUAUAAAUAGUUAGGUGCACUAAUAAAAAUAGUAAACUUAGUUAAUCUUUUAACCCUGGAGGAUUGAUUGCUCAAAGUUUAAGUCCAAAUCAUAAAGGCAAUUAGAGUACAGGUUUAUAAGGAAUUGAUAUGAGAGUAUUGAAAAAAUAAGGAGUACCAAUAUAAGCUAAACAAUAUUAACAAGAAUUGUUAAAGUUGAUGAUAAGUCAUAAAUAACUACCAAUUCAGAAAUCUGUUUAGAAAGUGAACAUUUCUGAUACAUCAAAUAAUUUGAAAAGUAAUCUAACAACAGAUACUAGAAGAACAAAUUCAAAUUAAUAUUAAAACUCUAAUGCUUAAACAACUAAAAAUUAAGGAUUUAUCAAUUUAGCUAAUUAGAUAAUUGUAAUAGUUCAUUAUGAAAACUAAUAAAUAAAAUUUCCUAUAGAUCCAUCUAAAACAACAGGUUGGUUAGAUGAACAUUUGAAAUAAGAAAUAAAGAAGUAUUCUAUACAUCAAUCUUCAUCCACAGGAUCUUAACCAGAUCAUAUUAAAAUAACAUGUGGAACAGGAAAUGAAUCGACAGAUUCUGAGAUUGUUUCAUUUCAGACUCUUGAUAAGAAUCUACCUGUAGAUUAUUAUCUAUAAUAAUCUAAUAAAUCUCUCGAUAUUUUUAGUGGUUAAACCUUAAAUUUAUAACCAUUUUUUGGAACUCCAUAAACUUCUAAGAUUUCUUUGAAAGAUUUUAUUUUUGUAAAAUGUAUAGGUGUAGGAGGAUUUUCAAGGGUUUAUAUGGUAAAAAAGAAAUCAAAUGGUAGAUUUUAUGCAAUGAAAUUAAUUGAUAAAGAAUUUAUUUUAUAACAUAAAAAAUAAGGUAAAUAAGUAAAAUUAUUAUUAUUUAGGUAUUGUUCAAAAUGAAAGGGAUAUAAUGACUGUAUUAGAUCAUCCUUUUAUAAUAAAAUUAGAAUAUGCUUUUGAAUCUAAAAAUUUUAUAAUUUUUGUGCUUGAAUUUUGUAGUGGUGGUGAAUUAUUUUGGUAAUUAAGAUAGGUUAAAAGAAUGACUGAAAUAUAGGCUAGAUUUUAUUUUAGUGAAAUAUGUUUGGCAAUGUUUUAUUUACACUCAUUAUAAAUUGUUUAUAGAGAUAUUAAACCUGAAAAUAUUCUUAUAGAUAUUGAUGGACAUAUUAGAAUAGCAGAUUUUGGAUUAUCUAAACCUAAUAUGACAGAAGAAGAUUAUGCUUAUAGUUUUUGUGGAUCUCCAGAAUAUAUGGCUCCAGAAAUGCUUUUAAAAAUUGGUCAUAAUGUUUAAGUAGAUCAUUAUUGUUUAGGAGCAUUACUAUAUGAAUUAGUUACUGGUCUACCUCCAUAUUAUUCAAGAGAUACAGAAGAAAUAUAUGAAUCUAUUCUUAAUGAAGAACUUACAUUCCCAGAUAAAUUAAGUUUAUCAAAUGAAAUUAAAGAUUUAUUAAAAGGAUUAUUAAGUAAAUAACCAUCAUAAAGACUUUGUGCUAAUAAAGGUUUACUUGAAUUAUUCACUCAUCCUUGGUUUAAAGAUUGUGAUCUUGUGUCAAUUCUAUUAAAAAAAGUACAACCUCCUUUUAAACCUAAUCAAUUAUAAUUUAAUUAUGAUUCCAAUGAUUUAAUGAAUGGUGAAUUAGAAACUAGAGAAAAAUUAUUAGGAAAAACAGGUCUACAAUAAGAAAUCAAAAUAUUUAAAGAUUUCUAUUUUGAUUAAUCUGAACAGAAAUAAAUGAAAAUUGAACAAGCUAAAGUUUUAAAAUAACAUUGCAUUAUGAUCACAUCAUUAUAAAUGCAACUCCUUUAAAAAUUUAAAACCUCUAGAAAAAGUACAGAACCGAAAGAUUCUAGUAAUUCUAAACCAUAAUCCCCUUAUACUGGUUCUAGAUAAAUUAACUAAAAAUAAAAGAUACAGUCUGAAUAAAUGACAUCAUUAUAAAAAAGAAUUAAAUCAUAGUAUUAUUCUAUAUCAUUUAUUUUAGAUAAUCAUCUUUAGGCAAUGUUUAACCUAUUUAACCUAAUUCUAUUAUAAGCCCAUAAUAAUCAAAAAUGGAAAGUCUUAAACGUAUUAUUUCCUAAAAUAAUUUCUUUAUGGAUCGUUAGAACACUUUACCUACAAAUAAUUAACAACCUAAUUCAACUAAAGAUAGUAUUGAUUCUUAAAUAAUCUAUUAAAAUAGUCAAAAUAUGCAUAAAAGAGUGUUCUCAUUAAAACAAAGAAAAAAAUGA